CUUCGCGCUUGCUUUGCUGUCAGUGCAGGGUUUCUCCUGUUAUCCAAAGCAUGAAAUAUGUGGGAAUGCCGCCACGGUUCACCUGUAAAAAGGCCCAGCAAUGUCGAUGCCAUCAAUUUUUGCUGCUACCUGACUACCUUUUGCCCUACGAAAUCCGCCGUGCCUUCAAGCCUGGCGACAUUUGACGAGCGGUGAUACUGGUUGAUAAGUUUCUUGUUUGUUGUCAACAGCUUGACCUGUUUGGUGGGAUUCUUGUUUUUCUCCCUCUUCUUCUCGUUCAACAAUUGGAUGCACGGCUUGUUGGGCUUCCAAGGUACUGAAAGCAACCUCAAAUUGAAGCAGACAUGCUACACACCGUCUACCUGGCCAGUCUAUGUCAGCGCCGGCGAUGGCCCGAGCCUGCUUACCAAAUAUCCUAUAGUCCCUCUGGGUACCGAUGCGUUGUCAGAGUGAACAACCGUGAAUAUCAGACUCCUACGUAUCAUGCCUCGGAGAGCUCGGCGAAAGAAAAUGCUGCAUUGAUUGCCUUCAACAUUUGCCGAAACUUCUCCGCCAACGAUGGCAUGUACCCGACUGGAUUUGCCCAUGGAGGUGUGAUACAGGGCAAUCCCGUGCCCGUUGGCUCUGGUCGUCACAGCCGCAGGAGCGGUGCCGACACCACUCGAAUGGAGUACCGUUAUGGCGAUUCUGAUAGCGCUGGAAGUCGAAGUGGAGGAAGCAGCCCUGAUUGGGGCGAGUCUCGCCUCUCGAGCCCGAUGCGCUCGUCUCCAUCUCGCCGAGUCGUCUACUCCUCGGACGCUGGCCAAUACAGCAGACGAGCCGUGCCACGCUACUAGGCCUCAGCGGACAACCCUGAAAAGUUCACCAUGCCCUAUCGCUCGGAUAAUAUCCUGGAAUCGACUCGUUUCCAAUGCCUGUGUACGAACCUUACGACUCACGAAACCAUGACCUUUAUGGGGGGCAAUCUUUCCUUUUAUUCAUGAUUCACGAUGACACGACUACGCAUCUUCUGUGACGGUUGGCCGUGGUUAGAUAAAGAAUUUAGCAGGCAACUGUGUGGUUCUCUGAGCCUUUUUUAUUUCCUUUGAACCAUAGCGGCUUGGAGAGCAGGUGGUGAGCUUUUGAGAAACGUCUCCUUGACCAAACUGUUUCGCCCGGAAGGAUGUGUGAAUGCUCUUCUUGCUAGAAUUUAGAACAGCAAAAAUGAUGACUCUUUCCUUUCUUGACCGUCACAAAAAA